CGGGACCAUUUUAGUGCUCCGGCAGUAACAACAGUAACCAAUAAACAAAAAGGUCUAGUUCACGUGAUGUAUAUUCAGCCUAUCAAGCUCCUGAUAUUCCUGAAGCCCUCAUUUCCGCUCUUGUCGCCUUCUUUCUCGACAAGAUGGCCACGCCGGCGGUAUCAGCAAGUGCUCCUCCUGCCACGCCAACUCCGACCCCGGCGGCGGCCCCAGUCUCGGCCCCAACCUCAGUCCCAGCCCCAGCCCCAACGCCAGCACCAGCUGCGGCUCCGCCUUCCGCUGGGACUCCAGCUUCAUCCUCAGACCCUGCGGCAGCAGCGGCUACGACUGCGGCUCCUGGCCAGACCUCGGCCUCAGCGCAAGCUCCGGCGCAGACCCCAGCGCUCGCUCUGCCUGGUCCCGCUCUCCCAGGGCCCUUCCCCGGCGGCCGCGUGGUCAGGCUGCACCCAGUCAUUUUGGCCUCCAUUGUGGACAGCUACGAGCGACGCAACGAGGGUGCUGCCCGAGUUAUCGGGACCCUGCUGGGAACGGUCGACAAACACUCAGUGGAGGUCACCAAUUGCUUUUCAGUGCCGCACAAUGAGUCAGAAGAUGAAGUGGCUGUUGACAUGGAAUUUGCUAAGAACAUGUAUGAACUACAUAAAAAAGUUUCUCCAAAUGAGCUCAUCCUGGGCUGGUAUGCUACAGGCCAUGACAUCACAGAGCACUCUGUGCUGAUCCAUGAGUACUACAGCCGGGAGGCCCCCAACCCCAUCCACCUCACUGUGGACACAAGUCUCCAGAACGGCCGCAUGAGCAUCAAAGCCUAUGUCAGCACUUUAAUGGGUGUCCCCGGGAGGACCAUGGGAGUGAUGUUCACACCUCUGACAGUGAAAUAUGCAUACUAUGACACUGAGCGAAUUGGAGUUGACCUGAUCAUGAAGACCUGCUUUAGCCCCAACCGAGUGAUUGGACUCUCAAGUGACUUGCAGCAAGUUGGAGGGGCAUCAGCUCGCAUCCAGGAUGCCCUGAGCACGGUGUUGCAAUACGCAGAGGAUGUACUGUCUGGAAAGGUGUCAGCUGACAAUACCGUGGGCCGAUUCCUGAUGAGCCUGGUUAACCAAGUACCCAAAAUAGUUCCUGAUGACUUUGAGACCAUGCUCAACAGCAACAUCAAUGACCUGCUGAUGGUGACCUACCUGGCCAACCUCACACAGUCACAGAUUGCCCUCAAUGAGAAACUUGUAAACCUGUGAAUGGGCCCCGGGCAGUGUACCUGCUGGUCUGGGUCUCAACCCCAGGACGGGUUUUUUGUGGUCUUGAGUCACACUGAGACAGUCAACUGCCUGUGAGUCUAAUAAACAUAGCCUACCUUUUGUAAGUUA